AUGAAUAAAGUAGUUUCAAUUAAUAUUGCAGAGAUUUUAAAGUCACAUGCCACUCAUAAAUCAUUAAUGGUUAGAAAUAAAAAUUUCUUAAGAUCAAGCAAUGGCUCUGUGCCAAUAUAUUCAAAUUCCAUAUUACAACCACCAACCACUGCCACCAAUAAUAACAAUGAAAAUAAUUUUAAUUUAGUGAAUGAUACAAUCGAUGAUUUGGAAUUGGCAAUCGAGAAUGCUGGUGGUAAACAAUUUUGGUGA